AGAUUGAGCAGAGCUUGUAGUUAGGUUCUUCGAUUUUCCCACAGGCGUCUGCGUUCUGAAAAACGAUCACUGAAGAACAAGAAGAGUCAACGGCCGGUUCCUCUUCAAAUCAGGAAGUUCAGUGAUUUGGCAUAUUGUGUGUGGCUAUGGCUGCUGUAAAUGAAGUUGCUGAGCAGGAUUAUGCACCCCCAAAGAAGAAGCCACCAUCUGAGGAUGACAAGAGGAAGGAGAAAAUUGUGCCUGGGAGUUUGAUGAAAGCUUUGAUGAGGCCUGGUGGGGGUGAUUCUGGACCUUCAGAUGGUGACCAGGUUAUCUAUCAUUGUACAAUUCGAACAUUAGAUGGAGUAAUCAUGGAAUCUACCAGAUCUGAUCAUGGAGGCAAGGGUACUCCGAUUAGACAGGUUUUGGGCAAAAGCAAGAUGCUAUUGGGCUUGCUAGAAGGAAUUCCAUCAAUGUUAAAGGGUGAAGUGGCAAUGUUCAAGAUGAAGCCUCAGUUGCAUUAUGGUGAGGAUGAUUGUCCUAUUUCUGCUCCUGAUGGUUUUCCUAAGGAGGAUGAACUUCAUUUUGAAAUUGAGCUGAUAGAAUUUUUCAAAGCCAAGGUUGUUACUGAUGAUUUGGGAGUUGUGAAAAAGGUAGUAUGUGAAGGGCAGGGUUGGGAAUCUCCAAGAGAACCUUAUGAAGUGAAAGCCUGGAUUUCAGCAAAGACAGUUUCUGGGAAAUUGAUCAUGUCACAUACAGAAGGAGAACCAUACUUCUUUACAUUUGGAAAAUCAGAGGUACCUAAAGGUCUUGAAAUGGGGAUUGGAACGAUGGUCCGGGAAGAAAAGGCUGUUAUAUAUGUUACCAGUCAGUAUUUAACUGAAUCUCCUUUGAUGCCUUUAGUAGAAGAUUAUGAUGAAGUCCAAUUUGAAGUGGAGCUUGUUCACUUUAUUCAAGUCAGGGACAUGCUUGGAGAUGGACGCCUAAUAAAACGCCGGAUUCGUGAUGGAAAAGGUGAGUUUCCAAUGGAUUGCCCCCUCCAUGACAGUCUACUUCGCCUUCAUUACAAGGGUACUGUUCUCAAUGAAGAAAAAAGUGUAUUCUAUGAUACAAGAGUUGAUAAUGAUGGUCAACCAUUGGAGUUCUGUUCUGGAGAAGGGCUCGUACCAGAGGGAUUUGAGAUGUCUGUUCGUCUGAUGCUUCCUGGAGAGACAGCUCUUGUCACAUGUCCACCUGACUAUGCUUAUGAUAAGUUUCCAAGACCUUCAAAUGUCCCUGAGGGUGCUCAUAUUCAAUGGGAAAUUGAGCUUCUAGGUUUUGAAAUGCCCAAGGAUUGGACUGGAUUGGACUUUGAUAGUAUAAUGAAUGAUGCUGAAAAUAUCAGAAAUACGGGUAACAGAUUAUUCAAAGAAGGAAAAUAUGAACUUGCAAAGGCAAAGUAUGAAAAGGUUCUUCGAGAAUUUAAUCAUGUUAAUCCACAUGAUGACCAGGAAGGAAAAAUAUUUGCAGAUACACGUAAUUUGCUACACCUGAACGUUGCUGCAUGCUAUCUAAAGUUAGGAGAAUGCAGAAAGUCCAUUGAGACUUGCAAUAAGGUUUUGGAAGCAAAUCCUGCACAUGUCAAAGGCCUUUAUCGUCGUGGAAUGGCGUACAUGACUGCUGGAGACUUUGAAGAAGCAAGGGCUGAUUUCAAUAUGAUGAUUAAAGUCGACAAGUCAACUGAAUCAGAUGCAACCGCAGCUCUUCAAAAGCUGAGGCAGAAGGAGCAGGAAGUUGAGAAGAAAGCGCGGAAACAAUUUAAAGGGCUAUUUGACAAGAAGCCUGGAGAAAUUGCAGAAGCAAAAGCUGAUGAAAAUGGAGAUCAGUUAACAAGGAAAAGCCAGAACAACAGAGAAGUACAUGGGGACUCCGAUGGAGAAAAUUCAGAGGAUUCACACGAAGCCGCACCCGAUGCACAUGGAGCGAGUUGGUUCUCUCUCUUUUGGACUCCUGGUAGAAGACUUCUUUCAUCUCUUGGGCUUCAAAGAUGUUCCAUACUAUAGUCUUAACAUAAAGCUUGUGAUAGUUGGCCAUAAUACAAUUUCUAAAAGGAGGCAUACCUGGUCACUAUAGAAGAGAGUUUCAGGCAUUUGUAAUGUUUUUGUCACCCGGACACAAUGUGCUGAAAGUAUUUUUUUUUUCUUUUUCAUUUUACAUUCCCAUCUAAAACAUAUUUGGUUAUUAGUAAAAUCUAGUUGUUAGGAUAGCAGGGGAUGACCAGUUGAAGUAGUUGGUAAAAGUGCUCAGUAUCUUGGGGUUGUUUCUUGUAGGUUUCAUAUUUCAGGAACAUUUUGUAAUGAGAGACAUGUAACUUGUUGGAGAGAGAAGGAAUAAUUGUUGUAAAAUGUAUAGUGCCUAAGAAAAAACAUUAUGAGGGAUCCUAAAGAAAUGCAAUGUGGUGCAUAAAAUCUGUAUACACACUCAGUCUUGCUCUUGUCUUUAAUUUGAGCAAGAGUUAGAUUGGGGAGGUGUGAAAUUGAUAUUACUGUUCAACUGCUGCA